AUGAGUUCUAAACGGAAGGCUGCGGCGCCGUUGGAUGACUCCACAUCCUCGAUCACGGUUUGUGUUCGGUGGGCAUUGAGUGGGGAAGUGCUAUCCGUGGUCUCUCUUUGGCCAGGGUCUUCAGUUGCUGAGCUGCUGGCAUCCUUGCCAGUGGAGCGUCAUGAGGUGAAGCAGUUGCGCGGGGUUUUUAAGGGUCGAAGUUUGGACGGCACAGAGCUUCUAGCUACACUAGAAGGCAUAGACGUUGAUCCGGAGGAUUCCUUCUUUGUUGUGAGACGGCCGCCGCGACUUGCCAUAUUGAGCUCGGAGAACAACACGGUCUUCUGGGACCCGGAGGCGAACAGAAGAGCAAAGUCCUUCUCGUUCUCUGCCCAUGAAGAUUCUGACGCUCGCUGCGCUGCUCACUGUGUCACUUUUUCCGAGGAUGCUUCGAUCGUUCUUGCAGGAUAUCCCCAGGGUGUGGCGCGUCUCUACACCGAGCACGGUAUUUGCAAGAAAACAUUCACAGCGACAGCGCGUUGCGGAAGUGUCCUUGCAGUAGCAAUCUCCAAAUGUGGAAGUUUUUGUAUCACCGGUAGUGAAAAUGGAACAGCGCGGGUGUGGAGCACAGAGAGUGGUGUUUGUUUGAGGUCCAUGUGUCGGCACAGCGCCCCAGUACAGUCAGCUUCCUUGUCUCCGGACGUCAAACUUGCCGUUACGGGAGGCUGUGAUGAGCUUGCGAGACUCUGGUGUGUCAAGACUGGACAGUGUUUGCACACACUCCGUGGACAUGCUGGCGUCGUCACGUGCGCCUCUUUUGCUGGAGCUGAUCGAGUGGUGACCGCCUCGUUUGACGGCUCCGUGAAAGUUUGGUCUUGUGCGAGUGGCGACUGUGAAAUCACAAUCUUGGGUCACAGUGCACCGGUCCUUGCCAUGGCAGUCUGUCCUCGUGCAGACUUGAUUUUCACAGGUUGCUUUGAUGGCAUGUGCAAAGUCUGGGGCCUGUCCACAGGGUUGUGCUCGCUGACCCUAGAAGGGCACGGCGAUGCUGUUCGAUCUGUAGCCAUUUCCCAAGAUGGCCAGUACUCACUGUCCGGUGAUGCAAGCGGCUGCUGCAAGUAUUGGUCUUUGCGAUCAGGCAGCUGCAAGCAAACUCAUUUUCUGCGGGGUGAUCGCAUCCUGAACGUGACGCUUCGCUGCCCUGACUGA